AGUGGAUCACUAAAGGAGCCAGAGCCAAACAAAGUCCCACCUCAGCGACCACCACCUCAAGGGGGCCCAGUGCAACCCCAAGGAAUGCAAUCCCAAAGCCAGGAGGCAUUGCAGCCCCAGCGCGUGUUCCCCGCGGGGCAGGCCGCGAAGCCCGCAGCCUCGCAGCCCCAGCGCCCGCCCGGACCCACCACCCAGCAGCCUCGGCCCCAGGCCCAAGGUCCUCCCAGCUCCAGGUUAUCAAAGGAAGCAGAGCCACAGCCACAGCCCCAGCCAGAGCCGCAGCAGAAGCCGCAGUCGCACCCGCAGCUGAACAAGUCUCAGUCCCUGACCAACGCCUUCAGCUUCACAGAGUCCUCCUUCUUCAGGUCGUCCGUGAACGAGGACGAGGCCAAAGCUGAGACCAUCCGGAACCUGAGGAAAUCCUUUGCCAGCCUCUUCUCUGAUUAGCCAGCUUUGUGUAGAGUCUGAAUGUCCCAUAGGUUUUGUUCUCCCUGUGCCAGCACCCUUCUCUACUGUGCUCACUGUUGUACCAAGCAAUAUGUCCAACCUACAGAAACACAAAUCAAUAAUAGCAGGAGGACUUUGGUGGGGGAGAUGCCACGCAGGAACACGUGGAAGGCUCUGGAAAGAAGGAAGGAAGGGUUCCAUUGCUCCCACAGAAUGUCUGGUUCCAAGGUCCUUAUCCAUUGUAAUUUUGUGGCCUUACUGUGACUGAAGUAUAUAAUCCUAUUUGAGACUCCUUUGUAGAAUUGUGUUAAUAAAGCAUUGGGGAAGGGGUUUCUCCUGGCUCUGCCCACCCCCAAUGCAUUGCAAUGCAUGUGUAUUUCGUGUGUAAACGUUUUGUACUGCACAGGUAUAGUCUUGACUUGUUCUUGCCUCCCAGACUCAGGAGGCCAUUCACACUGACAUUCUUGUCCAGCCACAUGAAUAAUGUGAGAAAUUGAAGCAGUUUCUUCCUCCUUAUCCAAUCCCUCCAUCAGCUGGUUGUGGACUUCUGAUGUAUUGCUGGGAGUUAUCAGUACACUAAAUGUCAUAAAUAGAGUGUAUAUGUACUACUGUAUCUCCAUAUGUCUAUUUAAAGAAUUUAUUUCCAGACUGUAACCAUAACUGGGUUUAGUUGCAGAGAAUAUGCAUGAUGUUACCCUUAUUUUUGUGAACACCUUCUAAUAAAUGUAAAGUCCCAUGCCUGAUUUAAAAAAAAAUGUCUUCUACAAAGCUUGUUUAGACAUCAAUAUAUAUUGUCUAUUUUGACUGAUAUCAAGAGGGUAGCUUUAUGAUUAUAAAAUAUUUGGACACAAACUACAGCUGUAAGAAAAUAAACUAUCACAAUGAA